GCCAAAACAGCUUGACCUAACGGCUAUGUUUUCUUUACUUUCACCAUAAAUAAACGCCUCUUGAAGUUGCAAACACACACACACACAAUCAAAGAGAGUUAGUAAGAAGUUGGGGUUUGAUUAACGUUUUGGAUCGGAGAUGGAUUUGGUCAUGAGGUUUGAUCUUUACCUUAUGUUUGUGAUGUUGAUGGGUAUGGGGUUUAAGAUAUCAAAUGGAUACAAAUUCUAUGUUGGUGGGAAAGAUGGUUGGGUCCCUACUCCUUCCGAAGAUUAUUCUCAUUGGUCUCACCGGAACCGGUUUCAAGUCAACGACACUCUUCAUUUUAAGUACGCGAAGGGAAAAGACUCAGUGUUGGAGGUGAGUGAACAAGAGUACAACACAUGCAACACGACACACCCCCUGACUUCCCUCUCAGACGGAGACUCUCUCUUUCUACUUAGCCACUCCGGUUCCUUCUUUUUCAUUAGUGGCAACUCUCAAAACUGUCUUAAAGGUCAGAAGCUAGCCGUCAAGGUCUUGUCCACCGUCCACCACAGCCACUCUCCUCGUCAUACCUCUCCCUCCUCGUCUCCGUCACCGUCACUGUCUCCGGUCCAUCAGGAUUUGUCUUCGCCGGUGCCUUCUCCAGGAGUGGAACCAUCAUCUGUAUCAAACGCUCAUGCUCCAACUCCAGGGCCGGCUUCAGCUCGCAAUUCGGCCGGUUUGGUUGGUCCGGGGAUGGGGGUUCUUGUGAUUAUGAUAAGUUCUAUGUUUAAUUUGAGGGGUUUAUAUAUUGUCGCUAGUCAUUAAAUUUGUGAGGUGUAUUGAUUCCUCUACCAUUGAUGAGUUUCAUAUUUAUGUGCCAUUUUAUUUGUAUGUUUGAAGCAUCUUGUAACCAUUUUGUAUGUUUCCGAUUUCUCGUUUUUGUUCUUACUAGAUAUUUUAUAUUAAUUAGGUGCGAAUGUUUUUAUUUUGUGUUUUAAUUAUGAUCAGGCUAAUGGACGUAUAUGUAGUAUUCACAUA